GUGCGCAUGCGCAGUGUUCAUUCCCAAAGAGCUUGUGUCCUGCAGCCUCAUUGCUCUGGCCGAGAGUCUGGGAGCCGAGCCGGACUGGUAAAAGUGCUGUAGGAUAUGUACCAAAGCACAAUGGACAAGUAUGACAUUGUACGGAUGAUUGGGGAAGGAGCAUUUGGAAAAGCGUAUCUGGCAAAGGGAAAGUCUGAUAACAUGCAGUGUGUAAUCAAAGAGAUCAACUUGUCAAAGAUGCCAACGAAAGAGAAAGAAGCUUCUCACAAGGAAGUGGUUCUGCUUGCCAAGAUGAAGCACCCCAAUAUUGUCACCUUCUUUUCUUCUAUUGAAGAAAGAAAUAAGCUGUAUAUCGUGAUGGAGUACUGUGAUGGUGGGGAUUUGAUGAAGAGAGUAAACAAACAGAGAGGAGUGCUCUUUGAGGAAGAUCAGAUCCUCAGCUGGUUUGUGCAGAUUUCAUUGGGACUGAAACACAUUCAUGAUCGGAAAGUCCUGCACCGAGACAUCAAAGCACAGAACAUUUUCCUUUCCAAUAAUGGAACACUGGCAAAACUGGGAGACUUUGGCAUAGCAAGAAUGCUGAACAACACAAUGGAACUGGCGCGUACCUGUGUGGGAACUCCAUAUUACCUCUCUCCUGAAAUCUGUGAGAAUAAGCCAUAUAACAACAAAACGGAUAUUUGGUCGUUAGGAUGUGUGCUGUAUGAGUUAUGUGCCCUUAAGCAUCCGUUUGAAGCUAGCAGCCUGCGCCAACUGGUGCUGAAGAUCUGUAGAGGCCGAUAUGAGCCAAUCCCGACUAAGUAUUCCUAUGACUUGAGGAUUCUGGUGUCUCAGCUUUUCAAAAUAUCCUCUCGGGACCGACCUUCCAUCAACUCCAUCUUAAAGAAACCGUUUCUAGAGAAACGUAUUAACAAACACCUGAGUCCAGAGCUCAUUGAAGAGGAGUUCAGCCAUACUGUCAUACACAGGAAAAAACCAUCAUCAAAUCCAGCCAGAUAUCCUUGUAAACCUAAACAAUUACCUGUUGCCAAAGUUGAAGUUGCAAAAGCUGAGAGAUGCAAAAUCCGUGAAGUCAACUCUCCCAAGCCUAAAGUAGCUGUGCAACCUAGGAGGGAAGUCUUACCUAAGAGGAAUGAAUGGAAACCUCCUUCUGUUCCACAGCAACAUGCAGUCAAGAAGUAUUGGGAACCAAAGCCAGAUGUUGGCGGACGGGCAGCAGUGGCCAAGAUCCAGGGGCAGUAUGAUCACUACUUUGCCCAGCUAAACAACAUACAGAGAAGAGGCUAUGAGCAGAUGCCUAAUAAUGUGCCCCACGUCAACCAAAGAGUCGAGGAUUAUUACAAACAGAGAGCCAUGCAACAUCAAAACCAGCUGCCUGCCGAUUACUUACUGAGGAGACAGGAGGCCCAGCUGUAUAAGUUAAAGGUUGAAAAGCAAAUGGGCCUGCGUCCAUCCUCAGCCGACCACUUCUAUAAACCAGCAUCGAGACCAGCACUUUCUCCUGAGGUGCAGAUGAACAGACUUCCACAGAAACAGCAGAUUAGGAAUAAUGAGAAUAGGGAACAAGAGUAUCUCAAGCAGCUGGAGCUCAUUCGGCAGCAGUAUCACAAUGACGUGAGGGGAAAUAAAGCCAAAGCAGGGCUACAGCAGGAAGCUCCGAGACUUGUAGAAGGGACUUACCUGGUACAGCAAGGAGGCCACAAAUUGGAAGGACCCUGUGUUCAGCCUGACAGUAAAGAGCCGGCCGAGGAGAUUCAAUGUUUAAAUCAAAUAUUAAAGCAAAACAGAGAGGAACGAAGAGAACUGGAAAAGAAAUAUAAAAUUAAGGGUGGAGUUAAGUUUGAGAUUAAUUUGGAUGGGCCUACAGCAGACGAGGGCACAAAUCAAGAGGAAGAGGAGAAUGACCACCUGAAUGAUACUUUGACAUUUGAGCAUGGGAAAAAACUAGAGGGCACCAACUGGCAUAGAGUGUGCAACGAUCACAGAGGAAACAGUGAAGAUGGGAAAUCAGCUGAAGAUGAUGUCAGUUUUGAUCACAAAGCAAUGGAACAGAGGAAGCAGUGGGCCCCAGGAGCACCCCAAACACUUCUGCGUUUUCUGGGGGAUGCUGACUUCACUUCUGCAUGCAGUACCUUGGCUGAUGGGCAGAGUGCUGGAGAAUUGCCGGGGAACAGGAAGCAGUGGAACCACGUGGCACCUGGAACAUUACUGAGAGCCUUGGCAGAAACCGACGUAAAAGAAGAUGUGUGUGAUGGGACGCUGAAACCAUGGCUACCAGAAAGGCCGGACUCUGAAGCUGAUAUAAGUUCAGAUGAUGAUUUGGAUGAAGAGAGACUUGAACCAAGAUCUGAUGAUGAUGAUACCAAUUUUGAGGAAUCUGAAGAUGAACUCAGAGAAGAAGUCAUGGAGUCCAUGGAAAGAGUUUUAAUUCCAAGUGAUCAAGUAGAUGAUGCUGAUGUGAAAAAAACAAAUGCACCAAAAGCAGCCCUACAUAAAGCAGCUAAUCCUUCCAUAGAGAUUGACUCAAUAGAGGGUCCAAAUCCAGAAGAUCAUUCAGCAGCGGAAGAGAAUCCAGAUAAUAGAGAAAAGCAGUCUCUCAAGAUGGAGAACCUUGGUGAGGCACAAGACCAGACUUCAAGAGAAGAGACUGUAGAGCACAAAGAAAUCCAUUCUCUAGAAAAAGAUACUGUUGGGCAGAUAGAAAAUCAAAUUCAAGUAGAAGUGAAACUGGAACAGAUAGAAGACCAACUGCAAGUAGCUGAGAGGGAAACGGAGACAGAAAACAAGUCUUCUGGAGAAAGGAAAGUAGCCGAGGCAGCAAAUCCUGCUGAUGUCCCUACUGCACCCAGCAGUGUCUUUAUAAAUGAAGCUCCUCCAUCAUCUAAUAUCUGUUCUGUAUAGUAAAUACUCCAACUAUGACAUUAGUGUAUCGUAAUGUACCCUAUUAGUGAGCUUCUCUAUUCACUGUCUUUUGCAUGGCUGAGAAAAUCAUUGGCCCACUGCCUAUAAGCUGCCAUCUUUCUAGGCUGGCCCACUACUGUGAAUCUGCCACAGCAUGAGAUACACCUGCCAGGGUUACAGCCAUCUGGGAAACGGGAGAGGGGGUAAUUUUAGGAUAUAUUGUUGUUUUUAUUGUCCAAAUACAAUUAUUUAGCAAUAGCAGUUUCAUGUUUCAAGCUCUUUGGCCUGAGUGCACAUAUUCACUUUAUUUUCUUAUACUAUUUGGUCAUUUUCCUGUGGAACCAAACUGUAAAUUAUAUCCUUACUGAUGUAAUUUCUGUCACAUGACUUGUAUAUUAUAAUAAAUAACGUACCCCCUGCUGUAAAAUAUGAA